AUGUGGAACCUCAUUUAUUCUAAUCCUAUAUGUUUCAAGAAAAAAAUUGCUUAAGUAUGAGUUUUCCAUUUCAUUAUAUAAGGAGCAACUUAUGCAUUUGAAUAAUAUAUAAAAUUCUAAACCUCUUGUAAAUAACUCUUAACCAUGGAGACCAGGACAUUCAAUAUCAAAAUUAGUCAAUAAAUACACUAACAGUAAGUUCUUAAAUAUCUAACUUAGCAAAUGAUUAAGAAAUCUAGGAUAAAAAUAGCAAAUUACUUAGAAAAAUGAUGGAAAUCCAAUAAAGAAAUAAUUCAUUAAAGUAACCUCCAACACAUGGUUCAUUAGAAAUAUUAAGAAGAAGAGAACAGUUUAAGAUAAGUUCAGAGAAUUAAACUAUUCUAAAGCGUUUACAAUCAGCAAGUUCUGCAUACUCCAGAAAAACAUGGGUAAAUGACAUUGAACGAGUUAAAAAAUAUAGAGAGAAUUUACAAAGAAGAACAAGUAUUAUAAACUAUAAUUCAGGAACAAAUGAUGAUUUCAAUUUAUUAGCAGCACAAGAACAAGUCAAACGAAAUCUUACAAGUCAAUCUUCCUUUAGAAGUAAGUCCUCUUUAUUUAUUAGAACUUAAAACAAGUUAAGGGCCUAGAACUUAAACAUAUGA